UCCUAUUGACUGGUUGUGUGUACAAUUUUGCUUUUAAUUUUGAGUUCAAAAAACUACGUGUAAUUGCAUUCAACUGCAUUUUAACAGAAUUAUCUUUCUGGAUAUAAAAUUGUUUGACAGCUGAGAACAUUAACCAUAAAAAGUGUUAUGAAGUGGUAGUAUUAAGCUUACAGUAAAACAUUUCUCGGAAUUUUCGAAAAGCUUUAAAGCAAACAAGUACAAUUAAAUGUCGCAAAAUAAUUCAGUUCCUCAUAUCAUGGCGAAAAAUGGAGACGCGUCAAAAAUUCCUAUUGAAAAAGAGUCACCGUUAAUAUUUUUCGUGAAUGGCAAAAAGGUUGUUGAUCCCACACCAGAUCCAGAAUGUACUCUACUCACAUAUCUGCGCGACAAACUGCGGUUAUGUGGCACAAAAUUGGGAUGCGGGGAAGGUGGUUGUGGCGCUUGUACUGUUAUGCUUUCGCGAGUCGAUCGCGCCACCAACAGCGUUAAGCACUUAGCUGUCAACGCUUGUCUGAUGCCAGUGUGCGCGAUGCAUGGCUGUGCAGUAACCACCAUAGAGGGGAUUGGAAGCACACGCACCCGCCUUCACCCUGUACAAGAGCGUCUGGCUAAAGCUCAUGGCAGUCAAUGUGGCUUUUGUACACCGGGCAUAGUAAUGUCUAUGUACGCUCUACUUCGAAGCAUGCCUCUACCAUCGAUGAAAGAUUUGGAAGUAGCAUUUCAAGGCAAUCUAUGUCGUUGCACGGGUUAUCGACCUAUUUUGGAAGGAUACAAGACUUUCACAAAGGAAUUUGGCUGUGCCAUGGGUGACAAAUGCUGCAAGUUAAAUGGUAAUAAAAUACAAAAUGGCGACAAUGAAAAGCAAAAACUAUUUGAAAAGAGUGAAUUUUUACCCUUCGAUCCCAGUCAGGAACCCAUAUUCCCACCAGAACUGCAUUUAAAUUCACAAUACGAUACGGAAAAUCUUUUAUUCAAAGGCCCACGCUCGACUUGGUACCGUCCGGUGGAACUGUUAGACUUAUUGAAGCUGAAAGCGGAGCACCCGCAUGGUAAAAUUAUUGUUGGCAACACGGAAGUUGGUGUUGAAAUGAAAUUUAAGCAGUUUCUAUACACCGUACACAUUAACCCCAUAAAGGUACCAGAGUUGAAUGAGAUUCGAGAAUUAGAGGAUAGCAUUUUAUUUGGUUCCGCCGUUACUUUAAUGGACAUUGAUGAGCACUUACGCAAACGUAUAGAAAAAUUGCCGGAGCAUGAGACACGUUUCUUCCGUUGUGCUGUAAAAAUGUUGCAUUACUUUGCGGGCAAACAGAUACGGAACGUGGCAUCGCUCGGCGGAAACAUCAUGACUGGAAGUCCCAUCUCCGACAUGAACCCUAUUUUGACUGCGGCGUGUGCCAAGCUUAAAGUGUGUAGCUUAGUUGAUGGGAAAGUAGAAACUCGAGAUGUGUACAUGGGUCCGGGAUUCUUUACUGGAUAUCGCAAGAAUACAAUUCUGCCACAUGAAGUAUUGGUGGGCAUAUAUUUUCCGAAAAGCUCAAAAGAUCAACACUUUGUGGCAUUUAAGCAAGCGCGUCGUAGAGAUGACGAUAUUGCAAUUGUCAAUGCAGUUGUAAAUGUGACCUUCGAACCAAAUAACAAUAUAAUCAAACAAAUUUAUAUGGCUUUUGGCGGUAUGGCGCCCACAACGAUUAUGGCACCGAAAACAUCACAAAUCAUGGCAAAACAAAAAUGGAAUCGGGUAUUAGUCGAGCGUGUAACUGAAAGCUUAUGUGCCGAAUUGCCAUUGGCGCCGUCUGCACCGGGUGGUAUGAUCGCCUAUCGUCGUUCAUUAGUAGUUAGUCUAUUCUUCAAGGCAUAUUUAGCAAUAAGUCAAGAAUUAAUUAAAUCCGGUAUCAUUGAGGAUGAUGCAAUACCAGAGAGAGAGCUUAGCGGCGCUGAUACCUUCCACACACCGAUUUUGAAGAGCGCCCAGCUCUUUGAGAGGGUAUGUGCGGAACAACCAACAUGUGAUCCCAUUGGUAGACCAAAGGUGCACGCCUCUGCACUGAAACAGGCAACAGGUGAAGCAAUUUACUGCGAUGAUAUUCCGCGUCAUGAAAAUGAAUUGUAUCUCGCCCUUGUACUUAGUACCAAAGCACACGCAAAGAUCAUAUCUAUUGACGCCAGCGACGCGGUCAAGCAGCAAGGUGUACACGCAUUUUAUUCCAGCAAAGAUUUGAGUGAAUAUGAAAAUAAAGUUGGUACCGUUUUUCACGAUGAGGAAGUCUUUGCUUCGGAAGUCGUUUAUUGCCAGGGGCAGGUGAUCGGUGCUAUUGUCGCGGAUAGUCAAGUUUUGGCGCAACGUGCGGCGCGUCUCGUGCAUAUCAAGUAUGAGGAGCUAACCCCCAUAAUUGUAACAAUUGAACAGGCCAUCGCAAAUAAAUCCUAUUUUCCCAAUUAUCCACAAUAUAUUGAAAAGGGUGAUGUGCAGAAAGCUUUUGAGCAGGCUGACCACGUUUAUGAAGGUAGCUGUCGGAUGGGUGGUCAAGAACAUUUCUAUUUGGAGACGCACGCUUGUGUGGCAACGCCGCGGGAUAGCGAUGAAAUUGAACUAUUUUGUUCAACCCAAAAUCCCACGGAGAUACAAAAACUAGUGGCUCAUGUGUUAUCUGUGCCGUGGCAUAGGGUGGUAUGCCGAUCUAAACGCUUGGGUGGUGGAUUUGGUGGCAAAGAGUCGCGUUCAAUUAUCUUGGCACUUCCAGUUGCAUUGGCCAGUUAUCGUCUAAGAAGACCGGUGCGCUGCAUGCUUGAUCGGGAUGAAGAUAUGAUGACAACAGGCACUAGACAUCCUUUUCUUUUUAAAUAUAAAAUUGGAUUUACCAAAGAAGGUCUGAUAACGGCUUGCGACAUUGAGUGCUAUACUAAUGCCGGCUGCACAAUGGAUCUCUCAUUUUCGGUUCUCGAUCGUGCUAUGAAUCAUUUCGAGAAUUGUUAUCGCAUACCAAAUGUCAAAGUUGGUGGUUGGGUCUGCAAAACGAAUUUACCAUCCAAUACAGCGUUUAGAGGAUUUGGCGGUCCUCAGGGCAUGUUUGCAGCGGAGCAUAUAGUACGCGAUGUGGCGCGCAUAGUUGACAAAGAUUACUUGGAUGUCAUGCAGUUAAAUUUUUAUAAAACUGGUGAUUAUACACACUACAAUCAAAAGUUGGAAAACUUUCCCAUUGAAAAGUGUUUCAGAGAUUGCUUAGAUCAGUCGAAAUUCUACGAGAAACGUGCAGAAAUUGCAGAAUUUAACAAAAGCCAUCGAUGGCGCAAGCGCGGUAUCUCUCUGGUGCCCACCAAAUAUGGUAUUGCUUUUGGUGCCAUGCAUCUGAAUCAAGCCGGUGCGCUAGUAAAUAUAUAUGGUGAUGGGUCGGUAUUGCUUUCGCACGGCGGAGUCGAGAUCGGACAGGGUCUACACACCAAAAUGAUACAAUGCUGCGCGCGAGCAUUAGGCAUAUCACCGGAGCUAAUUCAUAUUGCUGAAACCGCAACCGACAAGGUACCAAACACAUCACCAACGGCAGCUAGUGUAGGUUCAGAUAUAAAUGGUAUGGCUGUAUUGAAUGCCUGUGAGAAGCUAAAUGAGCGUCUGAAACCAAUUAAGGAGGCCAAUCCGAAAGAUACGUGGCAAGAAUGGAUCAGUAAAGCAUAUUUUGCGCGAAUAGGUCUCUCAGCAAGUGGAUUCUAUAAAAUGCUUGAUGUUGGUGAUGAUCCAAAGACAAAUCCAAAUGCGCGUUGUUAUAAUUAUUACACCAAUGGUGUUGGAGUAUCAGUGGUUGAAAUUGAUUGCUUAACCGGUGAUCAUCAAGUGUUGAGCACAGACAUCGUCAUGGAUAUUGGCUCUAGCUUGAAUCCAGCUAUCGAUAUUGGACAGAUCGAAGGCGCAUUUAUGCAAGGUUAUGGCUUAUUUGUAUUGGAAGAACUUAUUUAUUCACCGCAAGGUGCGCUUUAUUCGCGCGGACCUGGCAUGUAUAAACUACCAGGAUUUGCCGAUAUACCGGGCGAGUUCAAUGUGAGCCUUUUAACUGGUGCGCCUAAUCCAAGAGCUGUUUAUUCGUCAAAGGCCGUUGGAGAGCCACCGUUAUUCAUAGGCAGCACUGCAUUUUUCGCCAUUAAGGAAGCAAUAGCAGCUGCACGCGCUGAAAGACGGCUAAUCGGACACUUCGUACUAGACGCCCCAGCGACGGCUGCUCGUAUACGAAUGGCAUGUCAAGACGAAUUUACCGAAUUGAUUGAUCAACCGUCCCCUGAGACUUACACACCUUGGAAUGUUGUGCCUUAAACAUGAAAUAUCUUACUAUUGUUUUAAAGUUAGAAUAUUAACCACCGUUGAAGUCAAAUUUUUUACUUAUAAUCAAAUAUGUUAACAUUUGCAAGCAUUGGCGUAGGACUAUGUGUAGAUAGAUACACUGGAGAUGUAAUAAAACAAUAUAAUUUGGUGCUAUCAUAUAAUAUAUGACGAUAAUAUUAAUAAAACUUACACAUGUAAAUUAUAUGUGCAAUACAAUUCACUAAA